CCUUCGUCCAGGGAGGCUGUUAGGGACAGCUAUGUGGCCUACGCUCUACGAACAGCGAUUUUUCUUCCGCACUACGUCUUACACGAAGCGCCGCGUCGUUGCGUUUCGUCACUACAUAUUGGUUCCUUCCAAUCGACUUAUUAUUCUGGUUCUAUUGCCCCGGUUUACCUUAAGGGCGGCUUUCCGUCGGUAAAUUACAGGCUGACUCCACCUCGCAGGACCGUUAUGUCCUUCCCUUACACCUGAACUGGCAUUCUCGAUAGUACUAAGCGAGCCACGUCAAUGCACGCCUGAUAGUCACUAAUAGUUCCCGUAAGCCGCUUUCACUUCAUUCUUGUCCUAAUCUUUCGCACCAUUUCGUCACGCGACAUUCCUCUGCAUCGUCGAAUCUCCAGCUUCGCGAGAACAUUUUCACUGCGUUAGGGUUUCUCACGCAGACUCGCUGCGACUCUAACGUCAGCGUGAAGCGCGCUGCGACUCGCAGCGAACGGGCUGAGGACGAUUGGUGCUCAGCUGCAAAGAACUGCGGAGCGCUGCGGAGCUUAGUGACUGGCUGUACAGUAGCUCGUAGUUACUUCGAAGGUUCGCGAUGGUGGAGGGGCCGAGGCGCGAGGCGGGUGAGCAGCGGAGAGAGCUCGACGACUCGACGUCUGGCGACGACGGACAGAGCCUGCUAGGCCGACCCGGGUCAGACGCCGUCACUUGCGGCUGCAUUCCCUCGAUUGGCGGUGGCGGCGCGGCGAGGGACGUCGCGAGGGAUGCUGACCUGGACUCCGCAAGAGGCGGCGCGAGAGACGGCGGAUCCGCCGAGAUGUCUGAUUCGGACCCCCCGACGCGGGGUCGCUUCGAGGCAGCACCUGACGACUCCGAGACUCUCAGAACAAGCGCGCCGAGCCGCCAGGCAUCUGCGGCUCUGCCCACCGCACGCGCGGUCUCAUCGUCCGCUCAAUCGCAACCGUUGAGUGAUGCGCGGAAUGAUCCGACGAAUGAUGGCUGCUCUAUAGUAGGCGUCGAGGCAGCGACGUCUCCGCGCGACGAAGGUGUUUCGCCGUCGAAAUCCGUAGCGAAGCUUCCUCGAACGUCCGUUGCGGAGCUCUCCAGCACCGUCUACUGCUACAUCAGCCACCAUGCCUUCGUGCAGCAGCUGCUCUGCACGUGCUGCUCCCACCACUCGGGCCACUGUGCUGCCAGCCGCUGUGACUGUAACGGGCGUGAGUGUAGCGGUAGCAGCAGCGCAGGGCACCCCGGCAGUGGCGGCAGCAGCAGCGGUGGGGCGGAGUGGACGGAGGUGGCGACUGACAGGCUGAGCAUCGUGGCGCAUCUGACCGCCUUCUCCAUCAUAGGGAUUGCCAUACAGUACGGCAUGGACCUGCUGUUCGGGCCUGAGGUGGCGCAUGUGACUAGCGACGAGCAGGCCGUAUUCAUCGACCUGCCUGCCAACAUGCUCGGCUGCUUCCUCCUGGGCAUGUGCGGGGUGGUCUUCCUGCCGUCGCUCCUCGCCCACUCGCGCCACCUCGCCAUCGGUCUCAUGGUGGGGCUGUGCGGCAGCAUCUCCACCUUCGCCACGUGGAACCAGCGCAUGGUCGCCAUUGCCACUGCUGGCCUCUGGGUGCGGGCGCUGUUCGGCUACUUCGCAGGUUCCGUCCUUCCUAUCAUCUCCCUGGUUGUGGGAGCAGACACAGCUCACAACAUCCGUGCCCUCCGCACCCGCUUCUCCCCCAACUCCUCCCAUGCCCCUCCUCUUCUCCCAACCACCUCCUCCACCACAACCGCUCUCCAACCCUCUCCUUCCAACCCCGCCUCCCCCUCACCUUCCCCCGCCCUCCCUCUCUCCUCCCCCGCUUCCACACGUCGCCACCUGAUGCCCGUGCUGCUGUGCGCCAUGUUCCUCUGGGCUGCUGCCAUCACAGGCGCCCUGCUCGCCUCCAACAACGUCAGCCUGCAGACCUUUGCCCUCGCGUGUGCGCUCGCUCCCCUCGGCACAUGCCUGCGCUGGUGGCUGCUGCGAUUCAACGGGGCUGGCUUGGGGUUGCGAGCUAGUGGGGUGCUAGGGAGAGUGAAGGGGUCGAGUGGGGCAGGAAGAGGAAGAGGUGGUGGGGGAAAAGGGGAGGGAGGGGCGGUGGCGUGGUUGCCCUGGGGGACGCUUGCAGCCAAUGUGGGGGCUUCUGCUGUGGAGGCUGCUAUAUCUGUUGUGUACCUGGCGGUCAAGUCCCAUACAUCCCAAGUCAUGGUGGGGGGCGUGCAACUCGGAUUCCUCACAGGCCUCAGCACAGUUUCCAUGUUCUCCCUCGAAAUACUGUAUUUCCAUUUCACCCUCGGAACGCCCUGGCGUUCCUAUGUUUACCUCCUUGUUACUGUUCUUCCGUCGUUUGUUAUAGGCCUGCUGGUGUACUCUGUCCCUGUGUGGGUGAUGGGCUGGGAUUCUUUGUAUAACCACGUGUAGACCUAGGCCUAUUUUAUCAGAGUAAUUUACUCUUUCUCUGAAAAUCAGAGUCGUUUUUGAAAGCUACUCUAGGGGCCCUGAGUAAAAAAAAUGAUUUUAC